AUGUCAGAGAUUACUAAUGACGAAGACAUUCUAGGCAUGUCAACUGUAGCUAAUGGAGGUGAAAGAGUAAUUGAACUGUAUGCUAUCUCCAACAAUGAUAUUGAAGAUUUCAUGAAGGCUGGGUUGGAGGAAGUGAGAAAGGGCGUUGAAGUUGAGUGUGAAGUGGAUAGGGACUAUGAUGAGGACGAAGACAACGAUUAUGUAUGUUCUGAAGAAGAUCUUAGUGAUGGUGACAAUGAUCAGUUUGAAGAAUAUGUAAAUCAAGAUGUGGAAGCUGACAUGGGUGGCUUUAAAAUUGGAAAUGGACAGCCUGAAGUAGUUGAAGAAGAAGUUGAGUAUGUGGACUCUGAUGACCGCAAGAGUAUAGUAAGUUCAGAUUCAGAUGAUGGGUACCAAGUUGAGGAGUUUCGGGUUGAUCAAGACAUGGAGGCACCUACUUUUGUUGCUUCCCAAAAAUUCAGCAUCUUUGUAGUUCUGAAAGAAGCAAUAAAGCAGCAUGCUUUAUAG